AUGUCGGCCUGGGUGUGGAUAUUAGGCGCAGGUGCCACUGCCUUCUUCGGCCGCGCAGCUCUCGUUGCUCUACGGAGAUCAGGUGGGGGCGCUGGUGCUCUGGGGCGCUCAUACUACAAGGGCGGCUUUGAACCCAAGAUGACACGGAGAGAAGCAGCGCUGAUAUUAGAGCUGCCCGAACGAGGUAUCACAAAAGAACUCCUGCGGAAGAAGCACCGUUCACUGAUGCUCCUAAACCACCCCGAUCGAGGCGGCAGCCCUUACCUGGCUACCAAGGUCAACGAAGCAAAAGAGUUGUUGGAAAAGGAGGUCAAAUAG